AUAAAAGCCAUAUAAAAUGCUUUUCAACCAUUUCGUCAUUUUGUGGAGCAUUAUUAGCAUUCAUGUUUCAGUUAACUGGGCUCAGUAUGAGAACUUUGGCGGAUACGAUAACUACCAAAAUUUGGGAAGUGUCCCCAUCGGUCUGCUCACCGACCAGAACACCGAGCAGAUGAACAUAGUCUUCGACCAUGCCAUCGAUGUCGCCAACCAGGAGGUGGGCACAUCCUUGACGUCACUCAAGGAGGAGGUCAACUACGGGGAUGCCUACCAGAGCUACGGCAAGCUGUGCAGGAUGCUGGAGACUGGCAUCGCUGGAGUCUUUGGACCCUCUUCGCGGCACACGGCCGUCCACCUAAUGUCCAUAUGCGACGCCAUGGAUAUACCCCACAUAUACUCGUACAUGAGCGAGAACGCGGAGGGAUUCAAUCUGCAUCCGCAUCCGGCUGACCUGGCCAAAGCCCUAUACAGCCUAAUCACGGAGUUCAAUUGGACCCGCUUUAUUUUCCUCUACGAGUCGGCCGAGUAUCUAAACAUUUUGAAUGAACUAACCACGAUGCUGGGCAAAAGUGGAACUGUGAUCACGGUGCUGCGAUACGACAUGCAGUUGAAUGGCAAUUACAAACAGGUCCUUCGGCGCGUUCGAAAGUCCGUGGAUAAUCGAAUUGUGGUCGUGGGCUCCAGCGAAACGAUGCCAGAGUUCCUCAACCAGGCGCAACAAGUGGGCAUCAUCAACGAGGAUUACAAGUACAUUAUCGGCAACCUGGACUUCCACUCUUUCGAUUUGGAGGAGUACAAGUACAGUGAGGCCAAUAUAACCGGGCUGCGUUUGUUUUCUCCGGAAAAAAUGGCCGUCAAGGAGCUGCUCAUGAAGUUGGGUUACCCCACCGAUCAGGAUGAGUUCAGAAAUGGUUCUUGUCCCAUAACCGUGGAAAUGGCUCUAACUUACGAUGCCGUUCAGCUUUUUGCACAGACCCUAAAGAACCUGCCCUUCAAACCAAUGCCCCAGAAUUGCUCGCAGAGAACGGAAAGCGUCCGAGAUGAUGGUUCCUCCUUUAAGAAUUAUAUGCGAACUCUGCGCCUCUCGGAUCGCCUGCUCACGGGACCCAUCUACUUCGAAGGAAAUGUCCGUAAGGGCUACCACCUGGAUGUCAUCGAGCUGCAGCCGUCGGGAAUCGUCAAGGUGGGCACAUGGGACGAGGAUAGGCAGUACAGACCACAGCGACUGGCACCCACCACCGCCCAAUUCGAUAGCGUUGACAAUUCGCUGGCCAAUAAGACCUUCAUUAUCUUGCUCUCGGUACCGAACAAACCAUAUGCCCAGCUGGUGGAGACGUACAAGCAGCUGGAGGGCAACAGUCAGUAUGAGGGAUACGGCGUGGAUCUGAUCAAGGAACUGGCCGAUAAGCUGGGAUUUAAUUUUACCUUCGUAAACGGAGGCAAUGACUAUGGAUCAUACAACAAGUCCACCAAUGAAUCCACGGGCAUGCUGAGGGAGAUAAUGACGGGGCGAGCUGACCUGGCCAUCACAGAUUUGACCAUCACCUCGGAGCGUGAACAGGCUUUAGACUUUACCAUUCCCUUCAUGAAUCUGGGCAUCGCCAUUCUCUAUUUGAAGCCCCAGAAAGCCACACCUGAGCUUUUUACUUUCAUGGAUCCUUUUUCGGAGGAAGUCUGGUGGUUCCUAGGUUUUUCCUUUUUGGGCGUGUCAUUGAGUUUCUUCAUAUUGGGUCGUCUGUCGCCUAGCGAAUGGGAUAACCCGUAUCCUUGUAUUGAGGAGCCAGAAGAACUGGAAAACCAGUUCACAAUAGGCAAUUCAAUUUGGUUUACAACGGGUGCUCUGCUUCAGCAAGGUUCCGAAAUUGGUCCCAAAGCUUUAUCCACUCGAACUGUAGCCAGUUUCUGGUGGUUCUUUACCCUGAUCGUCGUAUCUUCCUACACCGCCAAUUUGGCUGCCUUUCUGACCAUCGAAAAGCCGCAAAGUUUAAUCAACAGCGUCGACGAUCUGGCAGAUAACAAGGAUGGUGUAGUUUACGGUGCAAAGAAGACUGGAUCCACCAGGAACUUCUUUAUGACAUCUGCGGAAGAACGCUAUAAAAAGAUGAAUAAAUUCAUGUCCGAAAAUCCCCAAUACCUCACCGAAGACAACAUGGAGGGAGUGAAUCGAGUUAAGACCAAUACUCACUAUGCAUUUCUGAUGGAAUCCACGUCGAUUGAGUAUAACACCAAGCGUGAAUGUAAUCUUAAAAAGAUUGGAGAUGCAUUGGACGAGAAGGGCUAUGGAAUAGCCAUGCGGAAGGAUUGGCCGCAUCGUGGAAAGUUCAAUAACGCCCUCCUGGAACUGCAGGAACAGGGAGUGCUGGAGAAGAUGAAGAACAAGUGGUGGAACGAGGUGGGCACCGGCAUUUGCGCCACCAAAGAGGAUGCUCCCGAUGCGACACCUUUGGACAUGAAUAACCUGGAGGGAGUUUUUUUCGUACUCCUUGUCGGAAGUUGCUGCGCCCUGCUUUACGGGAUUAUCAGCUGGGUUUUGUUUGUGAUGAAGAAAGCUCAUCACUACCGAGUUCCGCUGCGUGACGCUCUUAAGGAGGAGUUCCAGUUCGUUAUCGAUUUCAAUAACUAUGUACGGGUAUUGAAAAACUCCGCUUCUAUCUACUCGCGCAGUCGCCAGUCCUCGAUGUCAGUAGCUUCUGUGGCCCAGGAAUCGCAGUAGAUAGAAAUCCCCUUCACCAUCGGAUCCCGAUUGGAAAAAUAUUUGUUUUAUGUGCCUGCUACUUUCAACAUUUUUGCAUAACCUAAUUCAUAGAGUUUUAAGAAUAUUCCUUAUUUCUAAGCAGAUUGAAAAAAAUUCUUACUUUUGCUGCAAGUUUUUAUUAAAAGAUUUUUAUAUUUCUAAAGCUGA